AUGCUCAACGAGAACUAUGACCUCGAGGCGAAGCUGCUGGCACGCAACUGGUCCCUGACGGCAGUGAGCGGGUUGGUGCUUCUGGGCAGGAUCUAUUCGCGGCUAUGGAAGCAACGGCUGGCGUUGUGGUGGGAUGACUGGAUCAUCGUGCUGACCUGGCUUCUCCUACUCAUCACGUCCAUCUACUCCAUCUUCCAGCUGCGCGGCUCCGGCGUGGCCGCCUCAGAUCUCACAGCACAGGAAAGAACCGACUUUAUGUUUUGGACCCAGCUGGUUGCCACCAUCGCAGUCAUCACCAGUGCCUCGGCAAAGACGGGCUUCUGCGCAACGCUCAUCCGCGCCUCCACACCGCAGCCACUGCGGCAGAACCCGACCAGAAACAGUGGCUCCUGGAGCGAGAGCAGCGCCGAGACCGCGCGACCGCAACGGCGAUGGAGGGAUACCGUGGGAAACUGGCAGUGGGGGAUGGACUGGCCGAUGGGAGGAAGCAACCAAAAGGACAACAAGGCAUCGAAUUCCAAGUGGAGGGAUAGUUCGGGCAACUGGCAAUGGCCUAAAAAAGCCAAGGCUCGACACCCACAACCGAUGCCCGACGCUGCCGCCCCGGAAGAGUCUACAAGAAACUGGAGAGACUCUGCCGGUAACUGGCAGUGGGGCUUGAACAUGAGGGCGCAGACGGGCCAGGAAUGGAUACGCUGGACAUCCUGGACCAUUCUGGUCGCCGUAAACAUCGUCUCACUGCUCGCUGGCGUCUUGAUAUGGACUCGAUGCAACCCCAUCGCCAAGACGUACCGCCCAGAUGUCCCCGGACAAUGCUUCAGUAACACUGCCACCUCGGCAAUCUUCACCAGCAAUAACGCCUUCUCGGGGGCUAUGGAUCUUGCUCUUAGCGAUGCCUGUACGAAAACCUUGGCCCUUCCCCUCAAACUGAUCGUCAUGACCAACUUCCAAAAACAUCUAGUAACUGGCGCAAGCUACCUGGUUUGGGGUGCCGUCGAAUCGCACCUCAUCGUCAUCGCUGCUUCGCUCCCCUCACUUGGCUAUUUCAUCUGGCCACCACGCCAAGACGACGACCGCACCAUCGUGCCAUCGGCACAGACGUGGCGCAUCCCGACGCCCGAGGGGCUGCGUGAGGCCAUGGACCGGCCCGUGACCACAGCGGACCUGCAGUCGACGGGUCCGCCCAAGGUUCGCUGGGACUUGGGCAAGGCGGACAUGAUGCCUACCUACCCCAUGGGCGUGACGGCGGAUGUUGAACGCACCGGAGAGGCUCCGUGGCCUCCGACCAGUAUGAUGGCAAGACCGAGACCGAAGUCAUCCAACGCCACGCUACGGCCUCCGCCGGUGCCUGUCGAGGAUGUGCGUAGGGAUCUAAGGUCCAAAUCAAUGAUUUCUGGGAGUUCGGCCAACGCCAUGUUCAUCUGA